AUGGACUCCGAGUCACGGACCCUCCGCCCCCGUCCCCGAAAGACCUUUGACCUUCCCUCUGCCGAGUCCUCGCAACCCGGAACUCCAGCCGUCGAGGAAGCUUCUAGUAUCCUGAACGCCAAAAGCUUUAAAAAUGAAGAUAGUUUACUUCCUUCUCAAUCCAUGAUGAAUUUAACCUCGCCCACGCUAUUCGGCAUAUACUCGCCUACCGCAUUCGAUGGCGUGAGAGAUGAUCUGAACACGCCGUGGGGUACGGGUGCGCAAACGCCUGAUUUACGGAAUGCUUCAAGAGACGGUGGAGCGUAUCUUUCGUCAAGCGCACAGUUCGCAUCUGAAAUAGAUACCCAUCUCACACGCAAGCAUGGUUUCAAGGGAUUCCUACUUCCGUUUAUCCGAAGGAGCGUACUGUUGUUUUUGUUUGGGAUGGCUUACGGGGGCAUCAUUACGCAACUGCACGGCCACCCGACUGUGGCUGGACACGUACCAGUGAACGUACAGAGUAUUGAUAUUACUCGGUCCUCAUUAGGAUAUUUGGGGCUCUGGGGAGUAGCGGGCGUGCUCCUGGGGAGCCUGCAACCAUGGUUUGACCUUUUCUGGGGAGAGGGUUUAGUUGUGAGCCCGAAUCGCCACAAUCGAGCUAAAGAGAACGGCUUUCUGGAAUGGAGUCCAAUCUUCAGGAGUAUUGGUGCCUUUGUGGGGAUUGCCUUUGCUAUCAGGAAGUUGCCGUGGCAGUCUACACUUCAAGUUUCCCUUACGCUCGCUCUUGUUAACCCCGUUCUCUGGUAUCUCAUUGAUCGCUCAAAACCGGGGUUUAUUCUUUCCACUGUGAUUGGGAUCGCCGGAAUGUUCACGCUACUUGGGAUUAACCCGACGCUCGUUCCCUCGCCUGCGACUACGCAGCCAUCCUCAUCAGCCGCUGCUGUCUCCCCUGGCAGCUCAAUGAACGGGUCUACAAUAUCAAAUAAUGCGACGGUCAUGGGUAUGACGCAGGAGGGCAUAGCGGUGGGAACGUGGAUUGCCAGUGUGUUAUUUUGUAGCUGUGUAUGUUUUGGUAAUAUUGGUAGGAGGUUGGCUUAA